CCGCGGUCCCGGGAUGCGAGCGCCGGCAGCCGCGCCGCCACAGCUGCCGCGGGUGCGCCUGAGCCUCGGGGCCAGAGAUGAUGAUUCCACCAGGGGAAUGCAUGUAUGCUGGAAGGAAAAGAAGGAAGCCCAUUCAGAAACAGAGGCCUGCCACGGGGGCCGAGAAGUCAAACCCGUCCAAGCGGCACCGCGACCGCCUCAACGCUGAGCUGGACCACCUGGCCAGCCUGCUGCCACUUCCUCCUGACAUCGUAUCUAAGCUGGACAAGCUUUCUGUCCUGCGUCUCAGCGUCAGCUACCUCAGGGUGAAGAGCUUCUUCCAAGCCGUGCAGAAGUGCCCACGGCCGCCAGCGGCCAGUGCCCAAUCCCCAGAAGAUGGUCUGAGCGGAGGGUCCGCGGUGCUGGAGGGACGGCUGCUGCUGGAGUCUCUCGAUGGCUUUGCCCUCGUCGUGAGUGCAGAAGGCAUGAUAUUUUAUGCGUCAGCAACAAUCGUGGACUAUCUGGGCUUCCACCAGACGGAUGUGAUGCACCAAAACAUUUAUGACUAUAUCCACGUGGACGACCGCCAGGACUUCUGCCGGCAGCUCCACUGGGCCAUGGACCCGCCGCAGGUGGUGUUCGGGCAGCCCCUGCACUCAGAGACAGAGGACGCUGUCCUGGGGAGGCUGCUGCGCGCGCAGGAGGGGGGCGCGGGCUCGCCCACGGACUUCUCCGCCUUCCUGACGCGCUGCUUCGUGUGCCGCGUGCGCUGCCUGCUGGACAGCACGUCGGGCUUCCUGACAAUGCAAUUUCAAGGAAAACUAAAAUUCCUGUUUGGACAGAAGAGGAAAGCGCCGUCGGGGACAGUUCUGCCCCCUCGGCUCUCGCUGUUCUGCAUCGUGGUGCCUGUCCUCCUACCUUCUGUGGCGGAGAUGAAGAUGAAGAGCGCAUUUUUGAGGGUGAAGCACAGGGUGGACGUCUCAGCCUCAAUGGAUGCAAAAGCAAAAGCUGCCGCGAGUCUGUGUGAACCAGAAUUGCGUGGGAAACCCAACUACUUAGCAGGGAGGAGUGAUGGAGAAAACAUCUCAGUGCUCAGGACACCCACGGACGCUGGCCGCUGGGCCCGGGUUCCAGCCAGGGCCUCAUGCUUGUGUCUCAGGAAUGGCCCUGACCUCGUCUCCAAUCCCGAGGGGUUCGCAGGGGACAGGGGAGCAGAGGAACACGGGAGGGUGCCCAGGGGGCGGAGGGAAAUACACGCAUACAGCUGCUGCUUCGAAGCACCAGGACCCACAAGGCACCUGAGCUGGAUGCCGGGGAAACACAGUCAGGAGGGCAGCACCAGGGUGAAGCUGGAGCCCAGCAAGAGUGACCCGUUCUCCAUCCAUGCUGUGUCCCGCACUUCCUGCGUGCCCUGCCCCAGCCUUCCGGGUGCCAUCCACUCCAGUGUGGGUGCUGCUUUCAGGAAUCCACCCAGCUGUCACCCGGGAAGCCAUUCCCCCAGUGCCUACACCAGCCCCACCAGCAGAGCUUUUCGGGACAGCGAUCAGGGCCAGCUGCACCCUCUGCCCAGCUGCCCCUUCCCCCAGGGGAGCCUGGACAGUGGGCUCCCUCCAUCCAGAGGGCAGCGCCUUGCAGUGGCGGGCUAUCCCAUCGAGGACACCAAGUUUCGAGGUGGGCCAAUGCCCUUGGGAGCUCCGUGCAACCCCAUUCUUUCCCUUGAUGUUCCCAUAAAGACGGAGAGUGACUCUGGGUCUGAAGAUGCAGCCGACGGCUACUCUGUGGCCCCAGGCCAGCUGUGGCCGGGAGCCACUGGUGUGGCCAGGAGACAGCGGGUCACGUUCCCUACCAGGAUGCACCUGAAAACGGAGCCGGACGCCAGGCACCACCUAUAUGCUGCGCACCUGGGACAGAGCGUGCUGGAGGCUCACCCAAGUGGCCGGGCUCCGCUCAGAGCUGGCAGAGACCUGGCCCCCUUCCCCCCCACACACUGUGCCUGCCUGGAGCACGUGCAUGGCCCUCCUGAGCCAGAUGGCCCCCGCCACCUCUGUACGCAGGCUCAGCAGCCCUCUUCACUGCCCUGUGACUGCCAAGCCCCAGAGUCCGCACCCAUCGUCAAACGAGAGCCCCUGGACUCACCGCCAUGGGCCAGUCACAGCCAGGGUAGGGUGCCUGGAAUGUUCCCCAAAAGUGCCAUGGCAACACUGAUGCCGCCCAAAGCCCCUGAGUGUGCUUUCCUGCCAUAGAGUGGGGUGUUUGUAAGAGCUGGCCUGUGUCCACGCUCAGACUGACCCCACUGUACCCCUCAGUCCUAUGAGGUGUGUGCAGUGUGUGCAAUAAUAGCAUGUUCUGUAUUUUGUAAAAUGUCACACAAGUUCUUAAAGGCAAAGUGGUCUUAAGUCUGUUGGAGUACGACAGUGUUUCUCUUUGAAGGACUAAAAGCUUUCAGAAAGUGGGCCAGAGUGAGACGAGCAGGCCCGCCGGGGCACACCCCACUGUCUGUGAGGCGGUGGGGCUCCUGGCUGCCCAGCAUCCCACAGUGCACCUUCCCGGGCCCUCAUGCCCACCCCUCAGCUUCAUGAGCAUGGGAAGGUGGGUUUACACAGCCACACCUUGGACUAAAUCAGGGGCGUGCUUCUCUUAAGCCACAGGUGACUGCGUCCCUAUUCAUGGAAAGAAUAUGGAAGGUUCCAGGCCCAAGAGGCUGUGUAUGCUGGGCCCUGCCCUGCCUAUCCCCUGCCCCCCUCCCAUUGGCGGAGUCUGAGGCUGUGCCCAGAGUGGACGUGGGCAGGAGUGUGUGCUGUGCCUUCUGGAAGUCUCUCUGGCUUUUUUCAGGGGCCUCUGAAGAUGGUUUGUGCUGGUCUGUCUGCAGCACGUGGUGAACCUCCAGUUUGGGAUCUGGGUUUGGAGGCAGAGACAAGGACAAAUGUAGAGAAUAGAGGCAGGAAGUCAGGCUGCCCGUAGAGGCUGGGCUUUCAUGUAAGAGCUCUCAUCACCGCCUAAGUAGGAAUUACUAGAGGCAAGACGGAUAGGAAGCGUUUUCUAGAAAACCUGUGAAGUCGUCCAUUCUGACUGUAGGAAACUGGGACGUGAAGGCACAAAUCACAAAGUGGGAGUCCCUGUGCAUACUCAGCACCAGGGAUGGGCCCUCCCCUGUGCUCCAGGAACGUGGGCUGUGCUGUCAGGGGCCUGCUGCACUGUGAUGGACGCACUUCUGCCCCUCAGGGACCACGGCCCCGUCCCUAAUGUCACCUCCACCCCAGAGUCUCAGGGGGCAGGGUUCCUAAUGUCACCUCCAUCCAGGAGACUCGGGGGGGGCAGGGUCCCUAACGUCACCUCCACCUGGGAGUCUCAGGGGGCAGGGUCCCUAAUGUCACCACCACCCAGG